AAUUUCGGGGGGUCUACCGGAGGGUAGUACCGUACAUAGGUACAAGGGGGUAUACAAAAAGCACAUCGCGAACGAUGGUUCGGGGGCUGACUUGGUUUUGUGAUUCAACUUGCCCCUUUGGUUGGCUGCGUUUUGUGAUUACUGAUCGGCAUGGUUAUUUCUGGGUUUCUUGUCGCUCUUGUGGCGGUUGCUGGUGCUAGUGCGGGAGUGCUUCCCAGAGAGGAUGGGACUGAGCUUGUGCAACCGGUGUACAAACCAUUGGAUCUGGGCUCUGUUAAGCCCCUUGGUUGGUUCAAAGACCAGCUCGAGCUUGAAGCCGCGGGAUUGUCUGGAAACAUGUUUGAUUUCUAUCGCUUCGUUCAUGAUUCGAAGUAUAUAGGUGGAUCCACCGAGUAUUCGGGUUUAGAUGAAGCAUCCCCUUAUUGGUUUAAUGGCCUUGUACCGCUGGCAUUUGGACUAGGUGAUGAACGGAUUCGUGGUCAAGUGAAGUACUAUCUAGAUUAUAUACUCGACCACCAGCAGGAAGAUGGAUGGAUUGGCUGGGAAACGACACAAGCCACGAGAGGACUCUGGGCGAGAUGCUUGGUUCUACUAGGGCUCAUUCAAUAUGCGGAGGCCGAUCCAAAUGAAACAGAACGCAUCGUGGAUGCUAUGCAUCGCUAUGUGGUUCUUGCGCAUAGCAUGCUCCAAAAUAAUUAUACCGGCCUCCUAGUCCAUGGUAAUGAUACAUAUGAUGUUGCCGGAUUUGGCGUUGGUCGUACACACGAGAUGCACAUCCCUUUGCAGUGGCUCUUAGAGCGCUAUCCAAGGAAUAACUCUCAAAUUCUCUGGGAAACCAUGGGCCUUAUGAUAGAGGGCGGUAAGCUGUGGGGAGCUGACUGGAGGAACUUUUGGACGGAUAAAGCGUACCCCAAAGUCCUAUACGAGGAUACCCCGUUUGAACUGAGCUGGGUCUUUAUCCACGGAGUGAACAUGGCACAAGGACUGCGAUACCCCCUAUCACUAUACAUCAAUAGCGGAGACAAGGCACUCAGGGCACAAACUCGGAAAGCGGUUGACCUGCUCGCGGCCUAUCACCGUUCGCUUGCAGGCACAAUCCUUGCCGAUGAAUAUAUCGCAGAUCUAAACCCGAGCCGUGGAGCUGAGUUAUGUAUCGCUGCUGAGGUCAUGUUCUCCUCCGCUUAUAUAUACCAGUACCUAGGUGAUAAUGAUAUCGCCGACUGGGCUGAACAGACAGCUUUUAAUGCCUUCCCAGUCUCGGUCUCGGCAGAUUGGUGGUCACACCAAUAUGUUCAACAGGAGAACCAGCCGUGGUCCCGAAACUUAAGCACAGACGAUCUCUGGUGGGAUGUCAACUCAUACGCCAAUGUCUUUGGCCUUGAACCUAAUUACCCCUGCUGCACGGUAAACCACCCACAGGCCUACCCCAAAUUCCUAGCCAACUCCUUCGCCACCACGGAAGACGGCGGUCUGGCACACGUUUUUCUCAUCCCAGGAACUGCCGCUGCAAGUCUUCAAGGAGAUAGCAAAGCCAAAGAUAACGCCGUAUUCGUCUCCGCUGAAACCACAUACCCCUUUGGCCACACAAUCACAUACAACGUCUCGACCGCUGCACCAUUUGACUUAUACGUCCGUGUGCCGACGUGGGCCGAUACUAAGCGAAGCACCAUCAGCGCCGGCGCUACCAGCAGCGAUAACAGUAGCAGCACCGUCGCACCCGACGAUCGUGGUCUUCAGAAGAUCAGGGUCCCAGCGGGUGAGUCCUCAGCGACUCUACGCCUAGCCACGGCCCCGCGAGUCGUUGGGCGCGCCAAUAACACUGCGGCUAUAUACUACGGUGCUCUCUUAUACGCUCUAGCCAUCGAGCAUGAUACCGUUGUCUUGCCACCCGUUGAGUAUCGCAGUGGAAAAACGUUACCCUCAUCAACAACUGACCCACACGGCCGAACCCGAGACUUUGUCCUAACCCCCAAACAAGGCAGCCGGUGGAACAUCGCCAUCGACCCAUCGCAAAAGAUCCGCGUCGUCCAACGACGUUCAUCCUCGAACACAACCUCUUCAUUCGAAGAACACGACUACGACAAUGAAAUCCUCGAAGUCGGAGCAGAUGAACUCCAGAACCCAAUUUGGGAGCUCGGUGCCCCGCCUGUAGAACUCCGCGUCGCUGCCGUGGAGAUUGAUUGGCCCGUUGCUUUGGACACAGCCGCGGACCCGGGUACUUUUAAAGUGAAGGCCAAGGGGAAGCCGUUUGCGGCCCGUUUCGUGCCUUACGGGUCUAGUAAAUUGCAUAUGUCGCUACUACCUGUACUCAAGCUAGAUGAUGUGGAUUUCGAUGCAUAAUUGUAGAAUUCCUGGGAUUAUCCAUAGCGAGAGGCAGAACGGAGUAAUGACGGAAGGAAAACACAAUGCCUAGAUAUGUUCCUAUCAAUAUAAAAACUAGGUAUUUUGCCACUUGGA